CAGAAGCAUUUACCCGCGGCGGCGGCGGCGGCGGCGGCGGCGACAAGAGCAGGAAAGGUGAAAUUGCUUCAGAAAGGGUUCCUGCCCUGUUCCACUUCCCGGGUCCCAGCCAUGGCCUCUGUCUUGGGGACCAGCAGAGCGUCCGGAGGGCUAAGCAGUCAACUCAAAUGCAAGUCCAAGCGGAGGAGGAGGAGGAGGUCCAAGCGGAAAGACAAAGUGAGCAUGCUGUCUGCCUUCAUUGCUUCCUUCAAGCACGUGAGCCCCGGGGCCGCACACACGGAGGAUGAGGACAACCUCAGUACCAGCAGCGCCGACGUGAAGGAAAACCGCAAUGUGAGCAACCUGGAGGCCAGGCCGCCGCCCGCCGGGGACAGGGCCCGAGGGCCCGCGCCGGGCCUGAAGAGGAAGCGGCCGCUGGAGGAGGGCAAUGGCGGCCACCUGUGCCGGCUGCGGCUGCUCUGGAGGCGGCUCUCGUGGUCCGUGGCGCCCAAGAACGCGCUGGUGCAGCUGCACGAGCUGCGGCCAGGCCUGCAGUUCCGCACGGUGUCGCAGACCGGCCCGGUGCACGCGCCCGUCUUCGCCGUGGCCGUGGACGUGAACGGGCUCACCUUCGAGGGCACCGGCCCCACCAAGAAGAAGGCCAAGAUGAGGGCGGCCGAGCUGGCCCUCGGGUCCUUCGUGCAGCUCCCCAACGCCUGCCAGGCCCACCCGGCCCCGGGCGGCGCAGCCCCGGACUUCACCUCGGACCAGGCCGACUUCCCCGACUCACUGUUCCAGCACUUCGAGCCCGCGGCGCCCAGCGAGGGCUUCCCGGGCCGCCGCCCCGCAGCCCCCGAGCGCCUGUCCGCGGCCUGCCGGCGGGGGCGACUGCUGGGCCGCCCGCUGGACCUGGACCUGGACCUGGACCUGGGGGGCCCCGCGGCCCCGGGCGCGAGGAACCCGGUGGUGCUGCUGAACGAGCUGCGCUCGGGGCUGCGCUACGUGUGCCUGUCGGAGCCCGAGAAGCGGCGCGCCCAGAGCUUCGUCAUGGCCGUGAGCGUGGACGGGAGGACAUUCGAAGGCUCGGGGCGCAGCAAGAAGCUGGCCAAGGGCCAGGCGGCCCAGGCCGCCCUGCAGGCCCUCUUUGACAUCCGGCUGCCUGGCCACGUCCCCAGCAGAAGUAGAAGUCACCUCCUGCCCCAGGAAUUCGCCGACACGGUGUCCCAGCUGGUCACGCAGAAGUUCCGCGAGCUGGCCGUGGGCCUGGCGACAGCGCACGCCCGCCACAAGGCGCUGGCCGGCAUCGUCAUGACCCAAGGCCUAGACGUGAGGCAAGCCCGGGUCGUCGUCCUGUCCUCGGGGACAAAGUGCAUCAGCGGUGAGCACAUCAGUGACCAGGGGCUGGUGGUCAACGACUGCCACGCGGAGGUCGUGGCCAGGAGGGCGCUGGUCCACUUCCUGUACACACAGCUGGAGCUGCACCUGAGCAAGCGGCGCGAGGACGGCGAGCGCUCCAUCUUCGUGCGGCUGAAGGAGGGCGGCUAUCGGCUGAGGGAGGAUGUCCAGUUCCACCUCUAUGUGAGCACGUCCCCCUGCGGAGACGCGCGGCUCCACUCGCCCUACGAGCUCGCCACGGACCUGAGCGGCAGCAAGCACCUGGCCAGGAAGUUCCGGGGACACCUGCGCACGAAGAUCGAGUCGGGGGAGGGGACGGUGCCCGUGCGCGGCCCGGGCGCGGUGCAGACGUGGGACGGCGUCCUGCUGGGCGAGCAGCUGGUCACUAUGUCCUGCACAGACAAGAUCGCCAGGUGGAACGUGCUGGGGCUGCAGGGCGCCCUGCUCUGCCACUUCAUCGAGCCCGUGUACCUGCACAGCAUCGUGGUGGGCAGCCUGCACCACACCGGCCACCUCUCCCGCGUCAUGAGCCACAGGACCGAGGACGUCGGCCAGCUGCCCGCCGCAUACCAGCACAACCGGCCCCUCCUCAGCGGUGUGAGUCAGGCCGAGGCACGGCAGCCCGGGAAGGCGCCCCACUUCAGUGUGAACUGGGUGGUGGGCACGGCGGACAUGGAGGUCAUCGACGCCACCACCGGGAAGCGGAGCUGCGGCCGCUCCUCCCGGCUCUGCAAGCACAGGCUCUCGGCCCGCUGGGCGCGGCUCUAUGGCAAGCUGAGCACACGGAUCCCAAGCCACGGAGACACGCCGUCCAUGUACUGCGAGGCCAAGCUGGGGGCGCGCACCUACCAGGCUGUCAAACAGCAGCUGUUCAGAGCAUUUCAGAAGGCUGGCCUGGGCACCUGGGUGAGGAAGCCGCCAGAGCAAGACCAGUUUCUACUAACGCUAUGA